UUGUGGAGGGAGAAGGGCCCGACAGAGGGACAGGCAGACGCGUGACUGCGAGGAAGCUCCGGGAGCCGAAACUCGCGGGCAUCACAGAAGGGGAUCCUCCAGCAGGAAAGGGAGCCUGGAUUCAGAGGGAAUGGUCCCUGGGAGCAGCCAAGGCCCAGCCCAGGAGACAGUGACUUUUAAGGAUGUGGCUGUGGACUUCACCCAGGAGGAGUGGGACAUUUUGGACCAUCCUCAGAAAGAGCUGUACAAGGAGGUCAUGCUGGAAAAUGCCUGGAACCUGCUUUCCCUGGGGCUUCCAGUUCCCAGAGAAGAUGUGAUCUCUUACUUUGAGCAAAGGGAAGCGCCAUGGAUGCUGGAGCAAGAAGGUCUGAGGAGCCUCUUUCCAGAAGGAGAAAUCAGACUUGAAGUGAAGAAGACUCCUUCAGUCCUAAGCCUUUCUGUGGAAGAAACUCAGGAGCCAAGAUUCAUGGGUGAUGUUCCCUGUGACUUCACUUGGAGAGAAAUCUCUUCUCUUCAUCAGGGAAUCUACACUGGAGAGAAACGUUAUGGAUGUCAUCAAUAUGGAAAGGCUUCUACACAGAGGACUCAUAUUAACGAACAUCAGAGAAUCUACACUGGAGAGAAAACUUAUGAAUGUAAUCAGUGUGGUAAAGCUUUUACACGGAGGGCCCAUCUUAUUAUACAUCAGAGAAUCCACACUGGAGAGAAACCUUAUGAAUGUAAUCAAUGUGGAAAGGCUUUUACACGGAGGGCCUAUCUUACCCUACAUCAGAGAAUCCACACUGGAGAGAAACCUUAUGAAUGUAAUCAGUGUGGAAAGACCUUCAGAAGCAGCUCCAAUCUUGCUGAACAUCAGAGAAUCCACACUGGAGAGAAACCUUAUGAAUGUCAUCAUUGUGGAAAGACUUUCAGAGGUAGCUCCCGUCUUGUUAAUCAUCAGAGAAUCCACACUGGAGAGAAACCUUAUGAAUGUAAUCAGUGUGGAAAGGCUUUUACACAGAGGGCCAAUCUUACCCUACAUCAGAGAAUCCACACUGGAGAGAAACCUUUUGAAUGUAGUCAGUGUGGAAAAGCUUUUAGAGAGAGCUCCAGUCUGGUUAAACAUCAGAGAAUCCACACUGGAGAAAAACCUUGUGAAUGUAAUAAGUGUGGUAAAGCUUUUACACAAAGGUCCAACCUUAGAGUACAUUGGAGAAUCCACACUGGAGAGAAACCUUUUGAAUGUAAUCAGUGUGGAAAAGCUUUUAGAGAGAGCUCCAGUUUUGUUAAUCAUCAGAAAAUCCACAGUGGAGAGAAACCUUAUGAAUGUAAUCAGUGUGGUAAAGCUUUUAUAAGGAGGGCCCAUCUUACUGUACAUCAGAGAACCCACACUGGAGAGAAACCUUAUGAAUGUAAUCAGUGUGGAAAGGCUUUUACAAGGAGGGCCUAUCUUAGAGUGCAUCAGAGAAUCCACACUGGAGAGAAACCUUUUGUACUGUUAAUGGAAUAGGAACAUCUUUCCCAUCCAUUAAUAAGCCUAUGUGACCUACUUUGAAUCUGAGUAACAGGAGGCUGUGGUGGGAAGACUUUACUGAACUGGUGGAGCAGGAAGAGUGGGUGAGGCACACCUAGGAAAGAGAGCAGGCAGAGAGUUAGAGAAGCCAGUGGGAGUGAGACAGAGGGGAAUUUUGCCUAAGAGAGCUUGUUUGUGGGCGGCCUGACAGAGAGAAGUCUUGGGGAUGGCGGUGCUCCCUGCAUUGGUAAUGCGUACCAAUUUCUUUGUUACUUUGGUGGAUUUAGCUUUCUGGUAUCAGAAUAAAUAUCUUGGUUUCAUCUUU